CAUAAAAUAUAAUAUAAUAUUUACGCGUCCAUGUCUAGACAUCAUAAUAUAGUAUACCUAUAAUCUCGCGAUAGUACAAAGUACUAGCCGCUUGAUGCUCACAAUCUCUAACUACCCGUGACUUUGAUUAUACCACUUUAAAUUCGGAUGGUGUAGCACAUGGUAUAAACUCGAUUGUAACAAAUGGUGUUGGUAUGGAACGUGUCAGUCAGCAGCAACAGUGCGUCAAGAGAAGAGAGGAUCCGACCGCGGCAAUGGAGUACGACGACGAAGAGCGACAACAGCCGAUGCCGUGGCCAACAAAGAGGCCGUGCAGCUGGGCGACGACGCAAAUGCAAGUGCAGCGACCGCUACAGCAACGGAACGACGAAUGCAACUCGACCGUGGACGCCAUAAGGGGCUACUGCCGGAAACGGAACAUGCCAUUGGACGUGUAUCGACCGGUGGUGCACCAGGACGCUGACCGGUGCGGCGGCGGAAAGUUCCGGCUGACCGAUCUGAUCAGCGAGCUGCACAGAGUGUUCGCCGAAGACCGCGUUAACGUCGAGUACGUGCAGUACCUGAUGGAGUCGUACCGGAGCGACCCGGCCGAGUGGCUCAAGUACGCCAAGUUCAACAAGUUCCGGUACACCAGAAACCUGGUGGACGCGGGCAACGGCAAGUUCAACCUGAUGGUGUUAUGCUGGGGUGAGGGCGACGCUUCGUCCAUACACAACCACCCGGAGUCGGACUGCAUAAUGAAAAUGCUCGCCGGACAGCUGACCGAAGUGAGGUUUGCGUGGCCUGAAAAGUGCACUGUAAGCGACGACGAAAACGAAGACGACCAACAGCUCCAGCCCAUGUGUGAAAUAGGACGGACGCUCCUGGAAACGGACGGCGUGUGCCACAUAAACGAUACGAUGGGUCUACACCGAGUAGAAAACGCCAGUCACACCGACAAAGCUGUAAGUCUGCACUUGUACUGUCCGCCGUUCGAAGAAUGCUCCACGUUCAACCAGCAAACAGGACACAAGAUGACGGCCAAAUCAACGUUUUGGUCCAUUUACGGCGAAAAAGUUUCCAAGAAACAUGCUGAAGAAUUGGUACCCGCUGAUGAUAAUUAAGUUUGAAUAUAGCAAAAACAAUCAAACAUAAUAUGGACAAUAUCUUAUAUUUUGAUUUAGAUGAAAAUUACUAAUUAUAUAUCUAUACUUACCUUUACCUACCAUAUCACGUAUUUCUAUAAUUUAUAUUGUUAUUAAAUAUAAAAUUUUAUAUGAAAUCAUGUGUCAUGUUAGGUAUAAUAUAGUAUAUAAAUAUAUUAUAUAUUGUUAUCGAUAAA